AUGCGCGUAUGUGUCAAGUACGCGAGUCGCCACGUGACGUCGCACGAAACAGUGUUAUGGCGCUCCAUUAUAGCAUGGCUGCUCAACUUGGUACUCGUCUACCGCAGGAACAUCACAUUAAUGGUGGCGUCGAAGCACCGUAACGUGCUCUUCUGGCGCUGUUUCUUCGGUACUGCUGGAAUCAGCUUCCAAUUCUACGCAAUGGCACAAAUGGUAUUGACAGACGCAGUGGUGCUGAUCUUCACGAGUCCAAUCGUAACCUUUAUGCUGGGUGCGUUGGUGCUGGGUGAAGCGAUUGAGUACCUCAACUUCAUCAGUUGCCUGGUGUCGUUUAUUGGCGUGAUGUUCGUCACCAGACCAGCGUUCUUGUUUGGUACAGACGAGUCUAAGGAAAUGCCAUCACUGGCGAUUAUUUGUGCACUCGGUGGCUCUGUGAUGCAAGCUUCGUCGUAUAUCACGAUGCGCCAGUUGAAAGAGCUGAACUACGUGGUCAUUAACCACUACUUCCUGCUCUUUGGGCUGCUAUACGCACUCGCGACGCUGUGGUAUUUUGGUGUGGUAGGUAGCAAAGUCACCUCGGUUGCUGGAUGUUAG